GGCAAGCAGCUAGUGGACGUCGCACAUAAAAAGCCGCUGUCACUUUAACAAAAGUUCAAUGUUCAUGAAAAUCUGCGUGGCUGCAAAAUGGAUCUGAAAGAGCUGGCUGUAAACGCUUUGUCCCAGAAUAGGAAAGCUGCUCUUCUGAUCGGCGGAGCUGGUGUUGCUGUUCUGGGACUUGGUCUUGGAUAUAAAUAUUUAAUAAAGCCAGAAAAGGCUGUUCGUGUUGGCGUAGUGUCCCAGCUCCUCAUUCACCCUCUGAAGUCUGGUAAAGGAGUAUCUGUGGCUCUUGCAGAAUGCCAGAAAAUGGGUUUGAAGUUCGGAGAGCUGCAGGAUCGACACUGGCUGGUGGUCAAAGAGGACAGCCACAUGGUGACGGGCAGACAGCAGCCUCGUCUGGUGUUGGUGUCUCUGACCUGCGAGGGAGUUCAGGUUUGUCUGAACGGCCCAAACAUGGAAGAGCUGCGUUUUCCCGUCAAUCAGCCCGACAACAACGUCAUCAACUGCAGAGUGUUUGGCGCUGACAUUCAGGGUCGGGACUGCGGCGACGAAGUGUCUCAAUGGCUCACUCGUUAUCUGGCGGCAGAGGAAACGUUUCGCUUGGUGCACUUUGAACCCCAGAUGAGACCCAGGAAGCCGAUAGAUCUCGAGCCUCUUUUCUCACAAGCUGAGCAGGUGGCUUACCCAGAUGUCGGACCUGUGAUGCUGCUGUCCGAGGCUUCUGUCAAGAAUCUCAGCAGCAAGUUAGACAAGGACGUAACAGUGGAGCGUUUCCGCCCAAACAUCAUCAUAAGUGACUGUGAAGCUUUUGAUGAGGAUUCAUGGGAAGAGAUCCAGAUUGGCGGAGUUAGACUUCAGCGUGUAAUGUCGUGUGGAAGAUGCAUUUUCACUACAGUUGACCCUGAAACAGGCAUAAUCAGCAGGAAAGAGCCUCUGGAAACACUGAAAAGCUAUCGGCUGUGCGAACCAUCUGAGAAGCACAUCUACAAAUCGGCUCCGUUGUUUGGACAGCUGCACACUGUGAAGAAGACGGGGAUCCUGCAGGUCGGCGAUGUGGUGUACAAGAUCAGCCGUUGAUCGUCAGAGACAGAGACGGAGACACAUGCCGACAAACAUUAACUCAUGGUUUUGUAAGGGGAAGGUGGUUUUGCUAUUAGCACUAUCACUGUAUAACCACUAGACCACUCAAAUGAAAGUAUUUGAUUGUAUGUAGUUUCCAACAGUUAAAUAUACGUAACAAAGAUCAUGUUUUUGAAAUAGAGCUGUGAUUCAUAGAUUCAUAGAGACGAAUCCCCUGAGUUAACAUGCAGUUAUCACUAGUUAUUAGAUCCUAAAGGAAAAUAAUGCUAUUAAAGAGAGUAAUGAAAGUGCCUGAGUCUUUGCAAUAUAAUACUUUACAUGUGUAAUUAUUCCUGCAAUAAUCAGGACAGAGAAACACUACUGCACAUAUGCAACCUCUAGUACUAGUAUAAUCUUCCACUCAUUGAAAUAAACCCACUGACCCUCUUAUGCUCUGAAGGCAUGUGAUAACAAAGAAUGAAAAUGACUGAUUAUACCUUUAAAAACAGCAUAAUUGAAGUUGCUAAAUGAUAAAAACACUCAAACACACAUAACAAUUUGGAUUUAAAAAUUCUAAUUCACUAGUUCAACAUAUAUAAUAUAAUUUUCUAUAAGUAGUAUUUUGGUUAAUUAUAUUUAUAUUUUGAUAAGAGUCACCCACUAUGCUGUAAAUGUUAAAAGCUUGUGUAAAAUCAGUGAAACAGCGAUAAGUGAGGCUGUUCUGUAUCACCUCUCAGGGUAAAUAUUUUCAGAUUCUUUGUAGUCAUGUAUUUGACAUUUACCCGCUGAAUAAACUUUCCAGCAGCAGGUCUGUGACGAACACAACCUUUCAGUUAAUGAGCAAUCCGCCAGUGUCUCAGACCAGUAAGAAAUCAAAGUGUGAUUCUUAAUGCUCUAGUAAUGUGAACUGAACCUUUUGCCAAAACUUAUACUACUUUAUACUACUUUUAUUUAUAUAUAUCUCACUACUGCAAACAUUAUGUAAUCAACAUAAGUUACACAGGACGGCCAGGAGAGAACAAUAUGGUUUUAUAUAAAGAUCCUCUCCAGAAGUGUAUUAAGACAUAUAAAAAUCCUAAAUAUAUAAUUAACCCUUUAGAUAAAUAAAUAAAUAGGAACUUCACAUGCUGUUUCCUUUCUUCAAAUCAGAAGCUGGAAUAGAAAUUAAACCAAAACCAGAAAAUGACUUCUUGUUUUCCACCUUUAUUAUCUGUACCUUCUGACUGUGGGCUGAUUGGCUGACUGGGACCGUUUGCCCCGUCCAUCGCCACGGUUACUAACUACCAACUACCACUGCCUCCAACUGUCUUUACAAACAUGUUUCAGUAGUUUGACAUCCAGCUGGUAACUAAUGUAUUAUAGUUACCCAAAGCUGCAAAGGUGACCCAUCCUUUGUCCCUUUAUACUUCUCUUAAUGAGACCGUUAAUAAAAACAUUUGCUACAGCCUCUGUAAGACACUUCAGUUCAAAUGUUUGAUCUUUUUCUCAAUAAAGGCCUUUGAUUCUUUUUUUUUAUUACAGAUUUUUGCUCAAUAAAAAAUGUAAUGAUG